AUGGCCAAGAAUGAUGCUAUGAUUCAGAGUCAAGCGGCAUCCUUGAGGAAUCUAGAAACUCAAUUGGGGCAGCUUGCUAAUGAGCUACGGAAUAGACCACAAGGCACCUUGCCUAGUGAUACAGAAAAUCCAAGAAAAUAUGGCAAGAAGCAUUGCAAGUCGGUUACCUUGAGGAGUGGUAAAAAUGUGGAAUUGACUGAGGAUAAUUGUACUAGAAACAGCGAGCCCACUUCAAUCCAAAGUAAUGUGGACAAAGGAGACAAAGCUGUGAAAUCAAAAAAUUUAAAUGCUGAUCCUCAAGCAAUUGCUGCAGCAAUUCCUCCGCAAAAUGCUACAGGAAAGCCUAUAAGCAAGCCACCUCCACCAUUUCCUCAAUGCUUUCAAAAGCAGCAACAAGAUAGCCAAUUCCGGAGAUUUUUAGAUAGGAGGCUUGGUGAAUUUGAAACAGUGGCGUUGACUGAAGGUUGUAGUGCUAUAUUGAAGAGUAAAAUUCCUCCUAAAUUGAAGGAUCCGGGCAGCUUCACAAUUCCUUGUUCUAUUGGUGGUAGAGAUGUUGGUAGGGCACUUUGUGACUUGGGAGCUAGUAUCAAUUUGAUGCCCAUGUCAAUUUUCAAGAAGUUGGGGAUUGGAGAAGCAAGACCAGCCACAGUCACUUUGCAAUUAGCGGAUCGUUCUAUGGCACACCCGGAAGGAAAAAUUGAAGAUGUACUUGUGCAAGUUGAUAAAUUCAUUUUUCCGGCUGAUUUCAUCAUCCUUGAUUAUGAAGCGGAUAGAGAUGUUCCUAUUAUCUUGGUGACUCUCAACGUGUUCAAUGCUAUGAAGUUUCCGGAUGAGGUUGAGGAAUGCUCUAGGCUAAGUGUAAUUGAGUCUAUUGUCACUGAAAAAUUUCAUAAGGAAGCUUGUAAAGAUGGAGUGGGGGUGAGGUCACUUGAAGAGCUUGAAAACUUAAGUGGAGAGGAAGAAAGCCAAGUUACAUGGGUGGAGUCAAAGCAGCCCUUUGCUAAAUUUAGGAGGCCUUUUGAAUCAUUGAACUUGUCAGAAGGGAAUUUUAAGCCUCCUAAGCCUUCUAUUCAAGAGCCACCAAAAUUAGAGUUGAAGCCUUUGCCUAGUCACUUGAAGUAUGAUUAUUUGAGAGAUAAUGAGACCUUGCCUGUGAUUAUCUCAGCCAUGUUAGGAGCUGAACAAUAG